AGCGUGUAUAUGUGUGUUCAUCCUGGUCCACUCCACCUAACCGUCUAGUUUCUGUCCAUUUCAAAUCCGUUUCUCUGUAAACCAUUAUUCCUUCACUUUUCUCUUUAUUGCCUCCGCUUGCUCUCUGUAAAACUCCACAAAAAUCAUUCAGUUGUUGUAGUUACAAAGUUCAGUUUUCUUGUGAGUGUUCAGUUUCAACAAGCAACAAUGGCUGAGAGAACCGCAGGAGGAUUUGCAGUAGGAAUAGAUUUAGGAACAACGUAUUCAUGCGUUGGUGUAUGGAAAAAUGGCCGUGUCGAGAUUAUUCCUAAUGAUCAAGGGAAUAGGACAACUCCUUCUUAUGUUGCUUUUACGGAAACUGAACGGAUGAUUGGUGAUGCUGCUAAGAAUCAGGCUGCUAUGAAUCCUCUUAACACCAUUUUUGAUGCAAAGCGUUUAAUUGGUAGGAAAAUCAUCGACAGCUUUGUUCAGAGUGAUAUGGAGCUAUGGCCCUUCAAUGUCAUUGCUGGGGAGGACGACAAACCCAUGAUUCAAGUCAAUUACAAAGGCAAGGAUUUACAGUUUUCAGCCGAGGAAAUUUCAUCCAUGGUUCUCAUUAAAAUGAGAGAAACUGCCGAAGAAUAUCUUGGUACAAGCGUUCAGGACGUAGUUAUUACCGUCCCUGCAUACUUUAAUGAUUCACAGCGUCAUGCUACUAGGGACGCUGGUAUCAUUGCUGGCCUUAACGUAUUGAGAAUCAUCAGUGAACCAACGGCUGCCGCUAUUGCCUACGGUCUUGAUAAGAAGGGAACAAGUGCUGGUGCCGAAAAUAUUCUUAUCUUUGAUCUUGGCGGUGGAACUUUUGAUGUUUCGAUACUCACCAUUAAGAAGGGAAACAUUGAAGUCAAAGCUACUGCUGGAGAUACCCAUCUUGGAGGAGAGGAUUUUGAUAACAGGAUGUUGAAUCACUUCGUUGAAGAGUUCAAGAGGAAGCAAAACAAAGACAUUAGUGGAAACCCAAAGGCUCUUAGGAGACUGAGAACAGCAUGUGAGAAGGCAAAGAGGAUUCUCUCAUCUACUACUCGGACAAACAUUGAGGUGGAUGCCUUGUAUGAUGGAGUUGAUUUUCAUAUGUCCAUUACUCGUGCAAAAUUCGAAGACUUGAACAUGGAUUUGUUCACGAAAUGCAUGGAACCUGUUGAGAUGUGUUUGAAGGAUGCUGAGAUGGAGAAGAGCGCAAUACACGAAGUUGUCCUAGUUGGAGGUUCCUCUAGAAUUCCCAAGGUUCAGUCUCUUUUGCAGGAUUUUUUUGAUGGGAAGAAACUCUGUAAGAGCAUCAACCCAGAUGAGGCUGUUGCAUAUGGUGCGGCAGUAGAAGCUGCUAUUUUGAGUGGUGUGGGUAAUGAGAAGGUGCAGGACUUGGUACUGUUGGAUGUUAUCCCUCUUUCUCUUGGUGUUAGGACAAGGGGAGAUGUUAUGAAUGUGUUGAUCCCAAGGAACAGCACCAUUCCCACCACAAAAAAGGACACCUUCACAACUACCUACAACGACCAAAGUAUCGUGGCGUUUCCGGUGUAUGAGGGUGAGAGAGCUAAAGCCGCUGAGAAUAACUUGUUGGGUACGAUUGAGAUACAGGGAAUUCCUCCAGCACCUCAAGGUGUUCCUCAGAUAACAGUAUGUUUUGAUAUGGAUGCAAACGGUAUAUUGAAUGUGUUUGCUGAAGAAAUAACAACAGGGAACAAAAGUAAGAUCACUAUUGCAAAUAACAAAGGGAGGUUGUCAACAGUUGAGAUCCAGAGGCUGGUUCGAGAGGCUGAGGAUUACAGGUCACAAGAUGAAGAUCACAGGAAAAAGGUGAAGUCAAGGUUAUCAUUUGAGAAUUAUGCAUACAACAUGCGGAACACGAUCCGUAAUAGUGGAGGAAACAUUGCAUCAGAUGAUAAGAAGAUAAUAAAGGAUGCAGUUAACGAAGCUAUCCAGUGGUUGGAUACCCAUGAACUAGCUGAUGUAGACGAUAACAACCAGAAGAUGGAGGAGUUGGCGGAUGUAUGCAACCCUAUCAUCAGUAAGAUGGAUCAGCAGGGUAGUCCCAGUCAUUCAACCGGAGUUAGCAUUGAUGGACUUAAAAUUGAGGAAGUCGAAUGAAGUGAAAUUUCUUUUCUAAUUUUGGUUCCACUAAAUGUUUGUUCUUUUUGUAAGCAUAAAGUCCUAUCCUCUUCUUCUUAUCAUAUUUUAUCAUAUCGUGAGGCGUUUUGCAAGAGACAUGACCAAGAAAAGCCAUUGGUCUCAUGGAUACAUUUUUAUGUUGAUAGUAAUUUGUUUCUGGCACAUGGGACACCGAGGUAGAACGAGUAUUCCUUCCCACAUUUUGCAUGCUGACGCAAUUCAAAUUGGGUAUGAACUAUGGAGGUUGCGAAAACUUUUUUUUGUUUUUUUCUAUAAUAUUUUUAUUUUAUAAUUAAAGUCGUUUUAUUAACUAUAUUUGUGCCGGUGGUGUUGUGUUUUUUGUUUGGUUUGCACGGGGAUUUGCCCCACUUAGUAGUGAUCUCAUUUUUGAUUUUGGUGUGCGUUUAGCUUGGCGGUGCAUUUUUUAUCAUGUGUUGCAGGCAAAUAUGUUAUUUUAUUUGCUACACACCGAC